AUGUAUUUGACACAUACCUGGAGACCGACAGCUUUCUUGGCCCUGGUGUUGGGAGCAAUCAUCAUCCUCAGCUACACCUUCCACAGAACUGACACUAAGGUAGGAAUCCUCACACUUUCCCCCUCCAUUAAAGCUCAUGUCUCUCUGCUGAAAUCAAUAAUUCUGAAGUUGUGUGUGUAAAUACAUUGUGAACAUUCAUCUUGUGGAACUGAAGAGUGGAGACUGCGAAGGCAGUGUGCAAACUCUCACCGUUAUUUCUUGUUGCAAUUUUCAAGAAUUUCAUUUGUGGAGCGCUGAAGAAGCAGUCAGAAGCAAACGGAAUGGCUAUGAAUAUUGGUAAGGGCUUUUGCUUUCAAACGUCCAUAAAACAUUUAUUUAUUUUAUUCAUAAGAGUAUUCCUAAAUGACCAACUCAUUAAAAAAACCUGAUGUGCAAUAAAAUCACUAAAAUAUCAUUAAAUUAUAAAAUCAUAAAAUAUAGAAGAAACGGCAGACGUCAAAUCAAAUUAAUUCUACAAAAAUGCUUAGCAAAGCAGAAACGUUUCCAGCAGAUGGUAAAAUUGUGGGUGUUUCUCUAAUGUCAAUGCAAAGGGGGUGUCCAAAAUAUUAGGCAAUUAUGCUAAAAGUCUUAGUUUGUGUGGAAAGUGAAUAUCAAGCAAUAUACCGGGGGGGGGGGAGGAGCACACUUCUGUUGAUGUAAUAAAGAAAAAACAAUUCGAAUGUCCCAAAAUGAUAAAUGAAUCCCAUGUUUUCAGACAUUUCUAGCAUUGAAAUUGCAGGCAGCAGGAGCAAAAUUUGGCCAAUGAAAGAUGGAACCCCGAGACAUACUAGAAUGGAAUGGGCAAAAAAGGACAGAGAAAUUAAAACUCUCCUUAGAAAACUAGAUGACCUGAUGCCCAGCUUCACUUUCAUGGAUAUAAAUACCACCACAAGUGCUAAGAACAGCAAGGCCACCAUCUUAAACUACAAAGGCUCUUAUUGUGUUGGCGAGCAUUUGAUGGUUCGACUGGAUUUAUACAACUACUUGGGCAAGAGGAAGGAAUACGGAGGAGACUUCUUACGAGCGAGGAUCUUCUCUUCAAGUCUUAGGGCUGGAGCUUCUGGGCGCAUCACAGACUAUAGGAAUGGGACGUACCUGGUCAAUUUCACCUUAUUUUGGGAGGGCGAUGUCAGAGUGUCCAUCUUGCUCAUCCACCCCAGCGAAGGAGUAUCUGCACUGUGGGCUGCAAGGAAAAAAGGCUACAACAAAAUAGUUUUCACAGGCAAAUUUUUAAAUGGGACAUCAAGCGUCCACACUGAAUGUGGUUUUAACAAGACCACAGACACAGAACUGUGUGAGUAUCUAGAUGUACGAGACCAAGAGGCCUUCUAUUGUGAGAAACCAAAUAAUGUACCUUGCGAUGCUUUUGUUAGCCUGAAGUCCAACAACAAGCCCAUCUCCUACCUCACUGCCUUGGAACACAGCCUUUUUAGCAGGUAUUGUUCUUCGCUUCAGGCAGCAAAACACCUGGGGUCCCACCAGCCAAUUAUUACCAUUGUUAUAUCUCAGUUAGCAAAUAGUCACAUCAAUCAGCAGAAAACUACUGUUUUCUGACCCAGGGGAGGGGGGGCAGGAUAUUACACAGUCUACAUGCGUACCAUGUAUUUAAAUCACACGGCUUCCCAAAAAGAAUCCUGGGAACUGUAGUUCGUUAAGGGUGCUGGGGAUAGUAGCUCUAGAAAAUUACACUUCCUAGAAUUCUUUGGAGGAAGUUAUGUGCUCUAGAUAUGAUGGGUAAAGGUAAAGGGACCCCUGACCAUUAGGUCCAGUCAUGGCCGACUCUGGGGUUGUGGAGCUCAUCUCACUUUAUUGGCUGAGGGAUCCAGCGUACAGCUUCUGGGUUAUGUGGCCAGCAUGAAUAAGCCGCUUCUGGUGAACCAGACCAGUGCACGGAAACGCCGUUUACGUUCCCGCUGGAGCGGUGCCUAUUUGUCUACUUGCACUUUGACAUGCUUUCGAACUGCUAGGUUGGCAGGAGCAGGGACCGAGCAACAAGAGCUCACCCCGUCGUGGGGAUUCGAACCGCUGGCCUUCUGAUCGGCAAGCCCUAGGCUGUGGUUUAACCCACAGCGCCACCCACAUCCAUCUUCAAAUCUUCAAAUAUCUCAAGGGCUGUCAUAUGGAAGAUGGAGCAAGCUUGUUUUCUCCUGCUCUGGAGGGUAGGACUAUUAACACUAUUAAUUUUGGUUCCUCCAAAUCAAGAGCACUCUGGGGUCAGUCUUGAGACAUUUCAAUGUAAUAUGGGGAUGUGGUUGUGGCUCUAUGGUAGAGCAUCUGUUUGGCAAGCUGAAUGUUCUAAAUUUGAUACCCAGCAUCUCCCUGUAGGGGAGCUGCUGCCUGUCAGUGUAGACAAUAUUGAACUUGAUGGAGCAAUGCUUUGACAGGCAGCUUCCUUGAUUUCACACACAUACUCCACAGCUGGAACACUCUGGGGUCUGUCUUAAAGAAACUCCAAUAUAACUUUCCAUUUGCACCUAAUGAGAACAUGACAAUACAAUAAUCAUCUUGCCGGAACACACCAAGAACCAUCUAGCCAAGGCUUCCAUUUCCGAUAGACGCCACUGAGGUGUGAGAACGGGGUGGGAUAAAGCCCACAGCACUCUGGGUAAUGGACUUAUAUUCCAACUUGAUUUUUAAUGGUCAUUUUUCUCUCUCAUAAAGGUCCAACACUGGAGCUGAGAUCCCUCAGACAUUUGGGGACAUUCGUGUUGUUGCCUGUGAAAGUGAGCUGGACAUUCUGAUUAUUGUCACAACUUUUGUGUGGUCCAUCCAGGGGCAUACCUAGGGGUUGGUGAGGCUGGCCCCUGCCAAGGGGGGUGGGAUGACACAAAAACCAUGCCUGUCCAUUCUGGCUUGAAGUGGCUAGUAGCCUAGCCCGCCUAUCCGCACACUCCCUGGGCUUCUCCUCCGCUGCUCUGGAUGGCUGGGCCACAAGGGACAGGGGGUGCGGAUACAGUUCUUUGCCAAGGGUGCAAGAAAGCCUAGAUACGCCAUCCCCAAGCAUAUUUUUUCUGGGCUCAACCCAACCUAGUGACUCUGGCCCCCAACCUCCUCCUGCACCCCAACCUUUGGUGUGCUUUAGGAGAUUCCCAAGAAAGACUCUUUUCAUUCAGCUAGACCUUUUGGAUCUUGGCGUCUUCUCCUUUAUUUUAAGCUAAGACUUUUUGGCUGCUCUCCUGCCUUCCACAGUUUUUAGGUUUAUCCUUUAUUGCUGCUCUUGUCCUUAGACCCUCCGAAACCUCUUGGCGUAGAAGCAGGAGGCCAAAUAAUUAUGAUAAAUAAUUCCAUUGCUAUUCUGGUUCUUCCCCAUCCUUGAAAAUGACGCCAUCUUCAGGGCUGGCACAAAGUUUGCCAGGUGCAGAAUUGAGGGGCUGCAAUAAAGGGUUGUCCCUGCUGGCUACAGUCCUUCUUUCUGUAGCUUCGGGAUCCCCAGUGAUUUUGGGAUUGCCCAGGAGGCUGUGGGACCAGUCACACUUUCAACCCUGUUUUUUUCCUUCACAGCGCUGCAGUCACAGAGUUCACUGACACCUGCUUGUCUCUCAUUUCCUUUUGGUAGGCAUGGCGAUGACCACGGUGAGCAAGAAGUGCAAGGUUGGCAUGACGUCCCCAUCUCCCAGGGGCUUUGUCUGGCAGAACCAGUGGCAUCCUGUGUUCUGCAGCAUGUCAGCUUUCCACACCUUGGAUAGGAUUAACGCUUGCUUGAAACAAAAGAUCAUUUACCUCCUGGGAGACUCGACUGUGCGGCAAUGGAUGGAGUAUCUCACAAAGAGAGUCAAUAGUACGUUCUCCCACCUAGAUAUAAUCUCAACGUAGCAAAGCUUCCAGUAACACACAGUGCCUGCUUCUGAUAACUCACAGUCCUUUCUACCCGCAAAAGAGCCAUCUCCUAGUUUACGUCUAGGGCUUGUUUUUUUCUUGGCUACAACAUUCAUUAUAUAAGAGACUAAGCAGCAAGGUAUAAGAUGGAAAGGAGUGUCCCAAACAGGUCCCCAGCAGUCAUACCCCAUGAAAUAUACUUGGAGUCGAGAGUGGAUUUCAUGCUCUUUAUUCAGCUCGUAGUGGUAAGGAGGAAUGGAAGUUCCCCCAGAAUGUCUGCUUUAUAUACAAUAUUUACACAAUGGGCCCCACGUAAUUGGAUAAUUCUGGGAUUCUCCUGUAGGCCAAUCAGGUUGCGGAUUCACUUCCACCUGGAGCUGGAUUGGGUGGCUCCUAUAGACCAAUCUGACUGCUGCAUUCUUGGUCCUAUUGUUCUAGGACCAAUCAGACUGCUUCAUUUUGGAUCCUAUUCAACUCAGUACAUAACACCCCAGAACUUUACCUCCUUUAUCACCUGUAUGCUCCCCACCCCCUGCCCGACACACGCAACUGGCAUCUGUUCUGUGCUUGGAGGACACCACCCAGCUGAGGUUCAGAGUUUCCUCCUUAGUCUGCUCAACUAGAGGGCCUGUUUCCAGUCAUUCACUACUGCCUUGGCUCUUGAUCCUCACCUAGUUAUGCCAAUACAUCUUCCAUGGGCCACUCUGAUCCCUGAUUGAUCCCUUUCUAGUCUUUGCCUAUACAUGCACCAAGGGAGUAGCAGCGGUGGGGGUUGCCGGGGUGAUUGAUCUGUGUGCGUGCGAUGCUCAUGCCACCCUCCCCAAGCCAGCCCCAAAGCAGCUCAAGUGUCACUUCAGCAGUGAGGGCUGGGCUGGCACACGGCAGGCUCCGUUCACCCUCCAAGCCCACAUCCCUCUCCACGCACCGGGCACCAGGACAGCAUGCUCUGCUGCGGGCAUGCACGACCCACAGCCACCAGCAUGGCACCUUGGGGUGGCAGUGUAACAACCAGCACCCCUUACAGUGCCUACAAAAGGUGUCUGUAAAGAUCUCCCUCCCCCCCCCCCCCAUAAAUCCACAUAUACAGUGGUACCUUGGUUUACAACCAUAAUCAGUUCCAGAGGCCCGGUUGUAAACCAAAACAGGUUGCAACCCAAGACAUGCUUUUGCCAAUGGGGCCCCUAAAAAACUAAUAAUAAUAAUUGGUUGUAAUCCAAAAAGGGGGGGGGUUGUAAUCCAAAAAAGGGACACACACUUCCGGGUUUGACUUGGUUAUAAUCCAAAACGGUUGCAAACCAAGGUACCACUGUAUGUGAGAGACAGUUUGCUCUUUCUGCUCAGUUCCUGUUUGGAUUGGCUUGGCCUCUUCUCCAUUGGAUGAACCAUUUAAACACUCCCACAUUAUGCCAUGCACCUCAUGGCAACCGCUUUUGGGCUGGCACCCCAGAACUGUCUUAAAAUUCCAAAUGUAGCCACUGACCCAAAAAUGUUGACAACUCUCAGCCUAGAGGCUGCCCCUUGCAGAAACCCGGUGCAGAAAUUAGGUAAAUGGAAGCUUUGCUCCCAGAGUUCACAUGUGGCAGGUGAAACUGGCAGCAUUACACUGGAAUGGUGUGCAAGAAAUCAAGAGUGUGUUCCUUGUCUCCUAGAGUCACACCGUGCUUGUAUGUAUGUUUGCUAAAUCAUAAGGUUAAUGUGCAGGAAAAAUGCAGCUCCAAUGGAAUUGUCCAUUUUUGCUAGAUGGCUUGAGCAGAAGCUGCAGGUUCCACCAUGCUCCUGGAAGGAAAGGAACACCAGUUCGCAGUACAGUGGUACCUCAGGUUAAGUACUUAAUUCGUACUGGAGGUCCGUUCUUAACCUGAAACUGUUCUUAACCUGAAGCACCACUUUAGCUAAUGGGGCCUCCUGCUACUGCUGUACCACUGGUGCAUGAUUUCUAUUCUCAUCCUGAAGCAAAGUUCUUAACCCGAGAUUCUAUUUCUGGGUUAGCGGAGUCUGUAACCUGAAGCGUAUAUAACCUGAAGCGUAUGUAACCCGAGGUACGACUGUAUCUCUUUCCCCUCCAUGCCACCAAGCAACUAUCUGAAGCAAAGAGAUUAUAGCCAAGAGGAAUGGAGAAAGGACAUCUAGAAGAUGUUUGUCCUCUGCUCCGUGGGAGUUCCUUGCAGUGUGGGCCCAGCCUGUCAAUAGAACAGAGAUAAAGUCUUUGCCCUGAAACAAUACAAUACAGUACAAAUCUUUAUUAUGGUCAUAGACCAACAUAAAAGGAUGGGAUACAGUCAUUUAAAAUCUGAAAAGCGUUUUGGAAACCUAAAAGGUAUUAAAACAAAAGGUGAAUAUAAAAGUCUAUAAGAAUUUAAAAGGAGCUAAAAGAAUCUAAAAGAAGGGCUAGGAGCAUUGGGCGGGUAUGGAAGAGCAUAAAAGGUUGAUAUAUAAAAGACUUUACCAUUUACAGAGCAUUCUGAUAUGUUCAUUAAAUCUGGUUUGUGGCACAGGUCAUCCUCCGACAAAUUUUGAGCACUGCUGUGCAGAAUCUAGCAACAUUGUAUGUUGUAGCAGGACUGGUAUCUGAGAACAGCAGGGAGGUAUAGAAUUGCUCUGUGAGACCUGGGUACUUAUGAAGUAGUGGGGAAAUCAGGCUAAUACAAGUGUCUCUGUAAUUGUCCUGAAACAAAUAGCACCAUCAGAUUCAAGAGAGUACACCAGCCAUGCAGUAGAGUUUUCCCCACAAGAAGUAGUCCCCUAAUUUUUCUAAGGGCAAUGACCAAAAAACUUGUACUGAUUUUUUUUCUCUAUUCCCACAUUAGCACUGAAAUAUCUCAAGCGCUAUGCAAUCGGGAAACCCGACCGACUGGUCGCAGUGGACAUGGCUAGAAACAUUCAAAUCAAUUGGAAAAAACAUGCUCACCCCUUUGUAGGCUCUUCUGAGUAUACAGUGAAAGACCACAGUUAUGUCGCUUGGGACAUCGACCUUGUGGCAGGUGGCAGAGACACAGCAGUUGUCAUCUCUCUGGGCCAACACUUCCGUCCCUUCCCCAUCGAGCUCUUCAUUCGAAGAAUGAUUAACAUACGGGCAGCCAUCCAGCGCCUUCUCCUGAGGAGCCCAGACACAAAAGUCAUCAUCAAAGCAGAGAACACCCGGGAGAUAGACAUCGACCAGGAGCGAUUUGGGGACUUCCAUGGUUAUGCCCAAUACCUUGCGCUAAAGGACAUUUUUCGAGAUCUGAAGGUGGGCUUCAUUGAUGCCUGGGACAUGACAGUUGCCUAUGGCACAAAUCUGGUUCACCCACCAGAUCACGUGGUCGGAAGUCAGAUUGAUAUGUUUUUGUCUUACAUAUGUUAA